AUGGAUGUUCAACAGAUUUUCGCCAAUCUUAAGAAAGAAACUGAAUGCCCACUGUGUUUGGAUACAGUGAACAAUCCCAAGACUUUGCCAUGUAUUCACUCAUUCUGCCUCGAGUGCCUUGACAAACACGCAAUUUUUGCAAGAAGACAACUACAAGCGACGAUCAAAUGUCCGGUUUGUCAGACAUCUUUUCAAAUUCCUGAAGGAGACUCGUUCAAGAACCUUCCCACAUCUUAUCAUCUCAACCGACUGGUAGAUGUUCUCGCUCUAAAAGAUGGCGGCGCACAGGCCCAGAAAUGCAGCAGUUGUGAUGAGAACAACACCGCUUCCUCUUACUGUUUCGUCUGCCAAAUAUUCCUCUGCACUGUUUGUUUUGAAGCUCAUCAGCGACUGAAGACCACAAGAGGUCAUCGCAAUGUUGUGAUAGACAAAUUAAAUGUGCAAGAUGUUCAAGAGCUGAUCCACAGACCCGCCAUGUGUUCACAGCAAUACCACGAAAAUCAGCCCUUGGAAUUUUAUUGUGAAGAAUGCAAAGUUCUUAUUUGCCAGAAAUGCUGUAUAGUAAGCCAUAAUCGACACACCAUAACAGACACUCAGAAUGCCGCACGAGUACAGAAAAUGCAAAUGAAGGACGCUGUAGAGAAAGUGAAAGCGGAAACUGUUAUUUACGAGAACAAAAUAAGGAAACAAACCGAGCUAAUGGACAAAACUAAAAAUGAGAUUUUGUCGGCGGAAAAGAAGAUGACAGAUACCGUGGAGGAACGUAUCCAUGAAUUGCGGGAACAUGAGAGGGUCAUGGAAGCCAAAUUUGCUGAAAUCUAUGAAGCGCAACAAAAACAUCACGCAACGCAAAUAGAAAAUUUUGAGUUCAUUCUUACUCAACUAAAAAGUUGCCUUGAACGAAGUGAAAGUGCUCUGGAAAGAAACGUCAGUGCCGAGAUUCUUCAAACAAAUCAGAUCAUUGUUGGACGCUGUGAAGAACUUUUGAAUGUAACAAAGCCUGACAUUUAUAAACCACCCCACGUGAAUUACAUUAUCAAAAAUCAACUGAAUCCGGGUUUUGAUCGAAUUGUGGUUAGUAAUACAGAUCCCUUACUUUCCUUAGCGGAAGUGGACAAUCAAGAACUUGUAAGAGAAAAAACGGUGGCAAAUUUCAUCAUUGUAACUAGAGAUUCAGGUGGAAAGCAGUGUUACCAUGAAGAUGAUCAAGUAAAAGUCAACAUUAUAACUCCAACAGAUGAUCAACUGGAAACAGAGAUAAAAGACACCAAAGACGGCAAGUACACAGUGACAUACACACCACAGUGUGUUGGACAACAUGGGGUAGAGAUCCAAGUUAAUGGACAGCCGCUGACUGGUAGUCCCUGGCUUGUACAGGUGAUCAGUUCGCAUCAGUAUCAAUUUGGAUUUCAGUUUGGAUCAAAAGGAAAAGAGCAAGGACAGUUUAAGAAGCCUUGGGGUAUUUCUGUAGGCGAUAAGAGGAGAACACUUGCUGUUACUGAUUAUGAAAAUAAGAGAAUUCAGAUGUUUAGCUUUGAUGGAAAUUUCCUGAGAGAGAUUGCACGGGAUAUUGUUUCUACUUCGGUAGCUUUUACCGAGUCUGGUGACCUCCUUGUCCGUAGCCCUGGUGACUUCAAUAAAUUAUCUUUGUAUACUGAAGAUGGUCGGUUUAUCCGAUACAUCAGCGAUGAACAUGCAAAGAUACCGUGGUACAUAUCUAUUGGGUGUGAGGGUCGCAUAAUCACAUGUGACUGGGACGACAAAACAAUUAAAGUUCUCAGCCCUGAUGGGAAAAAUUUACUUCAGUCGUUCAGUGCUCCUGGUUGUGACGAGAGACCAUGGUGUGUUCUUUAUCACCAGAAGAAAUUCUUUGUUUCUUACUGUCACGCUGUCCGUGUCAUGGUAUUUAACAACACAGGGGAGUAUCUUUAUGAUAUUGGCAGCGAGCGAUCUGGUAACGGGCAGUUAAGGUGUCCUACUGGUCUCGCUAUUGACAAGUUUAACCGUUUGAUCGUUUGUGAUGCGGGGAGCAGGAGACUGAAACUAUUCACACUAGAAGGAAAAUAUGUCUCUAAGGUAGCCGGGAGUUGUUUUGAUCAUAAUAGUCAUCUUGUUGGUUGUGCCGUGUCUAAUACUGGACAUUUGUUUGUUACAGAUAAAAACAAACACUGUAUUUAUGUUUUCAACUAGCACAGUGCGGAAAUUGAAUAACUCCAGGAUUAACUCUUUUUUUAAGCACUGAUUAUUGUUAACACUCUAAGCUGCUGAACGUUAAAAGAACUGAACUGAGCUUACAUAUGUACAUAUUAGUUAUGGAACGCUUUUGAGUGGUAUACCAUGGAAUAUCCCAGGAGUCUCUUCUGUUUUCUCGGUAUGCACACGAGCCUUUAGAAAGCGUUGCGUAACUAUUUUAUACUAUGCCAUAGAAAAUACAGUAGGCAGCAUAACAAAUACGACAUAUGCGCAGACAUCAUUUUGAAUGGCUUUGAACUGCUUGUUGCUUCCCAUGGUUUAAGAUGACAACGUUUUUAAAACUCCAAACCUGUUUAAUAAUUAAUAUUAAUAACAAACUGGUUAUUAAUGAAAACUCAUGAAUAGAAAAAAUUCAUGUAAAUAUUUAUUUUAGUCAAACGCUAGCAAAAGGAAAAGGGAAAUUCGAGCACCCUUCAGCCAGCAGACUAACUCUCUAUUUCGAGUGACAAGCAAGGUGAGCCUGCGAGGGGUCAUUCUCCUUUCGCUUGCUGUUUUCUAGUAACAUCCAAGCCACUAUGUUACCAAUUGUUUGUAUUAGGGUCAAAAGCCAAAUGAACUAUAGAACAUAUAAUGAUCUCAUGUUGUAACCAAUCACUAUCAAGUGCACUGACAGUGAAUGGAAAGCGCCAAAAAGUUGAAUAAUAUACAAGGAGAAACUUUUUGGUUUUACAUCCUCUCCACUUACAUCCGAAGAUUUGGGUGUAAGGAGGUGCGCGAAUGAUUCCUCGCCUCACCUUUCCGGUUAGCACUCAUCUCUAUGCUCCAAACUGACAUUUCCCUCUCAGUGGCUUUUACAAGACAUUUCCCUUUUCCUACAUGAAAUUUCUGCUUGAUGAAAUGUUCGUGAAAGUCUAGGUCUGUACAAUUAAUAGUUUGGGGAAAAAAUUUCGGAAUGGCACGAGAACAAAAGUUCAAAAACUACUUGUGAACUUAUGAUAUUUACGUAUAUUGUUUUUAGAUGCAGAGUACUGUUGUGAAACACAAGAAAGGUGGCGGCCAAUCCCGUGGUAGACUACGUGUAGUCCCCCUUUUUCCUCAGGGAUGGUAGCGAAACGCGAAACGCGCGUGAAAAUCACCUCACGCGUCUCGCCUUUUUCGCGUGGGGUGAUUUUCACGGUGAUAGGCUCCUGACCACCCAAACCACUAGACUACCAAGGACUUCUUGGGAAGAAGUGGUUUGAGUUGCAAGUAUAUAGCAUCAACCUUAACCCUAAAUAGAAGCUAACCGUUUUUAGAGUCAGUACUUAACCCUAAGCGCUAUUCUCAGGGCUUUACCAUAAUCAGUAUUGAUCAGUGCUUAACCCUAAUCAGUAUUGACAGUCAAUUCGACUCUUUCUUUCCUUUGUAGAGAAUAAAUUUGUGUAUGAAUCAUAAUGUGUCAACGUCAUGAUUUUGGAGUAUGUACUGAUGAGUAUUAACCCACCAUUUGGGGUCUGCAUUGAUAUUCGCGUUUAGUGAGUUGGCGCGUUCGUUUGAUAACUGCAUGCUAUAAAAAUGGAGGCCGUGAACAUCUGAUGACUAUUCUUUGUCCUGAGAGAGUUAAGUUCAACAAAUCAAAACUAAAAGGCUGUAAACCAUUUAUAGAACAACUAAUCCUGACAAUCUGAUGUAGGAGGCGAAGACUCCACCGGAUUGGCCGCCAUCCAGUUCUUGUGUUUCACAACAGUACUCUGCAUUUGAAUACAAUAUACGUAACUACAGUGGAACCUCGAUUUAAUGAACCUCUGUGUAUUUUUACUUCCGCCUUCUUUCGAAUUGAAAUUUUGGUUUUUCGAAUUCGAAUAUGUGACGUGACUUUAAGUUCAAAUCAAAGGUUUCAUUUGGAAUUUUGUGGAAGAUUAUGGUUGCAUUGUUGACGCGAUGAAGGGGCUUAUUAGAGUGAAGAAGGUGAAUUGAAGUUCAAAUCAUGUAAUUUGCAUGUUAGUUGGAAUGGUGAUUUGAACUUCAACAUCCGCGAUGUCGAGUUUUCCCUUUAUAGUUUCAACUUGUUCAAAGUAACUUCAAGUUCGAAUGAUGCUAUUUCGAUUGCGUUCAUUGCGAUUUCAAAUUCAUAUGACGAGAUUUCGACAUGGAUAGUCUAAUUUUUGAACUUCAAAUUGUCUUUUAUUUUCAAUUAUUUUUGUCCGCAAAUGUACGCCAUAUGCUGCCAUAUGCGCAUUGCCUCGCUCACUAAAAUGUCUAAUUUUGACCACUGUUUAAAAGAAUCAGUGGACAUUCAUCACUGAUCUUUAAAUAAGAGAGUUGUGCGUUGACAACUAACUUAACCGGAAGUUGAUCAUACACCGCUCCGUUUCUCAAGCUCACUAAUGUGUUUUGAGAACCACGCCCGGCUGGAAUAGUGAUCAAGCUGAUGGCGAGACCAAUCGUAUUUGAUCACACACUUUCCAUUCAGAUAAAAAAUGAAGGUGUCUACCUUUAGUUUGGCAAAUUGGCUGCGUGGCAAGAGUUUCCCUGGACCAGGGCAAGCACGGUUAGGGCGAGGGUAGAGAAAAAAGGUAGCAUGCACGCAGACGUCAGAAGCCCGCUACACUGAACAGGCCGGCAGCUAGCAUCUUCGUCCCCAGGGCCCGUCGUUUCUUGGUCACGUAGUCUUGACGCAUAUGAAAGGGAGAGACCGCUAAACGUCAUUAACACGGCAAAAUUUUAAGUUCUGUAAGUUUUACUAACUGAUUUUUGGACGUUGACGAUUUUCUAAGAUCGUGCCAGAAAAUAAAUCCAAAAAAUAAACUGAUCUGUGAAAACGACAUGACGCGAGCAGUCGCUUGAAAUUAGCUAACUCCAUGGUUAUGGGCUCCUGGCGAGGUCACUUUUUCUGCACAUAUGAACCAAAGUGAAGAAAGUUGGGGGCGGUUGCUUUUAAGAUGGUGGUAGAGCUACUGUCUCCCCAACUUUCGCGCUUCUUUCACACGGGAACCGUGUUUGAUUCGCCGGCUCUAUCGAAUAAUUGCCAUAAACGCCUUAUAAUUCAUUACCGUUUUUUUUUUCGUAUAAACAUUUCAUCAGUUACUGAUGUGAACUCGAGGUUGGGAAGCCUGUGUCAUCGACUGACUGCAAGUCCUAAAUUCAGCAGUUCUGUUUUUUUUCUUUUUACUCUUCAGUUUACCAAUUGACUUCAUAUCCUUAUUUUUUUUUUGUUCAUUGUGUUUCGCUUUCGCUUCAUGUCAGCUUUUCAAUUACAAUAAAAAACAUUGAGUCCUAUUUUGUUACACAGCUUAGCAAACCGCACCCAUAAUCAUGAUCUCACGGAGCCAUCGCUUGCAGCUCUAGAUUCACCAUGGAUAUUCAACAGCUCUUUACAGUUCUUAAGAAGGAAGCUGAAUGCCCACUGUGUUUGGAGACAGUCAAUAAUCCCAAGACUUUGCCAUGUAUUCACUCUUUCUGUCUUGAGUGUCUUGACAAACACGCAAAUUUUUAGCGUUGCGUAACUAUUUUAUACUAUGCCAUAGAAAAUACAGUAGGCAGCAUAACAAAUACGACAUAUGCGCAGACAUCAUUUUGAAUGGCUUUGAACUGCUUGUUGCUUCCCAUGGUUUAAGAUGACAACGUUUUUAAAACUCCAAACCUGUUUAAUAAUUAAUAUUAAUAACAAACUGGUUAUUAAUGAAAACUCAUGAAUAGAAAAAAUUCAUGUAAAUAUUUAUUUUAGUCAAACGCUAGCAAAAGGAAAAGGGAAAUUCGAGCACCCUUCAGCCAGCAGACUAACUCUCUAUUUCGAGUGACAAGCGAGGUGAGCCUGAGAGGGGUCAUUCUCCUUUCGCUUGCUGUUUUCUAGUAACAUCCAAGCCACUAUGUUACCAAUUGUUUGUAUUAGGGUCAAAAGCCAAAUGAACUAUAGAACAUAUAAUGAUCUCAUGUUGUAACCAAUCACUAUCAAGUGCACUGACAGUGAAUGGAAAGCGCCAAAAAGUUGAAUAAUAUACAAGGAGAAACUUUUUGGUUUUACAUCCUCUCAACUUACAUCCGAAGAUUUGGGUGUAAGGAGGUGCGCGAAUGAUUCCUCGCCUCACCUUUCCGGUUAGCACUCAUCUCUAUGCUCCAAACUGACAUUUCCCUCUCAGUGGCUUUUACAAGACAUUUCCCUUUUCCUACAUGAAAUUUCUGCUUGAUGAAAUGUUCGUGAAAGUCUAGGUCUGUACAAUUAAUAGUUUGGGGAAAAAAUUUCGGAAUGGCACGAGAACAAAAGUUCAAAAACUACUUGUGAACUUAUGAUAUUUACGUAUAUUGUUUUUAGAUGCAGAGUACUGUUGUGAAACACAAGAAAGGUGGCGGCCAAUCCCGUGGUAGACUACGUGUAGUCCCCCUUUUUCCUCAGGGAUAGUAGCGAAACGCGAAACGCGCGUGAAAAUCACCUCACGCGUCUCGCCUUUUUCGCGUGGGGUGAUUUUCACGGUGAUAGGCUCCUGACCACCCAAACCACUAGACUACCAAGGACUUCUUGGGAAGAAGUGGUUUGAGUUGCAAGUAUAUAGCAUCAACCUUAACCCUAAAUAGAAGCUAACCGUUUUUAGAGUCAGUACUUAACCCUAAGCGCUAUUCUCAGGGCUUUACCAUAAUCAGUAUUGAUCAGUGCUUAACCCUAAUCAGUAUUGACAGUCAAUUCGACUCUUUCUUUCCUUUGUAGAGAAUAAAUUUGUGUAUGAAUCAUAAUGUGUCAACGUCAUGAUUUUGGAGUAUGUACUGAUGAGUAUUAACCCACCAUUUGGGGUCUGCAUUGAUAUUCGCGUUUAGUGAGUUGGCGCGUUCGUUUGAUAACUGCAUGCUAUAAAAAUGGAGGCCGUGAACAUCUGAUGACUAUUCUUUGUCCUGAGAGAGUUAAGUUCAACAAAUCAAAACUAAAAGGCUGUAAACCAUUUAUAGAACAACUAAUCCUGACAAUCUGAUGUAGGAGGCGAAGACUCCACCGGAUUGGCCGCCAUCCAGUUCUUGUGUUUCACAACAGUACUCUGCAUUUGAAUACAAUAUACGUAACUACAGUGGAACCUCGAUUUAAUGAACCUCUGUGUAUUUUUACUUCCGCCUUCUUUCGAAUUGAAAUUUUGGUUUUUCGAAUUCGAAUAUGUGACGUGACUUUAAGUUCAAAUCAAAGGUUUCAUUUGGAAUUUUGUGGAAGAUUAUGGUUGCAUUGUUGACGCGAUGAAGGGGCUUAUUAGAGUGAAGAAGGUGAAUUGAAGUUCAAAUCAUGUAAUUUGCAUGUUAGUUGGAAUGGUGAUUUGAACUUCAACAUCCGCGAUGUCGAGUUUUCCCUUUAUAGUUUCAACUUGUUCAAAGUAACUUCAAGUUCGAAUGAUGCUAUUUCGAUUGCGUUCAUUGCGAUUUCAAAUUCAUAUGACGAGAUUUCGACAUGGAUAGUCUAAUUUUUGAACUUCAAAUUGUCUUUUAUUUUCAAUUAUUUUUGUCCGCAAAUGUACGCCAUAUGCUGCCAUAUGCGCAUUGCCUCGCUCACUAAAAUGUCUAAUUUUGACCACUGUUUAAAAGAAUCAGUGGACAUUCAUCACUGAUCUUUAAAUAAGAGAGUUGUGCGUUGACAACUAACUUAACCGGAAGUUGAUCAUACACUGCUCCGUUUCUCAAGCUCACUAAUGUGUUUUGAGAACCACGCCCGGCUGGAAUAGUGAUCAAGCUGAUGGCGAGACCAAUCGUAUUUGAUCACACACUUUCCAUUCAGAUAAAAAAUGAAGGUGUCUACCUUUAGUUUGGCAAAUUGGCUGCGUGGCAAGAGUUUCCCUGGACCAGGGCAAGCACGGUUAGGGCGAGGGUAGAGAAAAAAGGUAGCAUGCACGCAGACGUCAGAAGCCCGCUACACUGAACAGGCCGGCAGCUAGCAUCUUCGUCCCCAGGGCCCGUCGUUUCUUGGUCACGUAGUCUUGACGCAUAUGAAAGGGAGAGACCGCUAAACGUCAUUAACACGGCAAAAUUUUAAGUUCUGUAAGUUUUACUAACUGAUUUUUGGACGUUGACGAUUUUCUAAGAUCGUGCCAGAAAAUAAAUCCAAAAAAUAAACUGAUCUGUGAAAACGACAUGACGCGAGCAGUCGCUUGAAAUUAGCUAACUCCGUGGUUAUGGGCUCCUGGCGAGGUCACUUUUUCUGCACAUAUGAACCAAAGUGAAGAAAGCUGGGGGCGGUUGCUUUUAAGAUGGUGGUAGAGCUACUGUCUCCCCAACUUUCGCGCUUCUUUCACACGGGAACCGUGUUUGAUUCGCCGGCUCUAUCGAAUAAUUGCCAUAAACGCCUUAUAAUUCAUUACCGUUUUUUUUUUCGUAUAAACAUUUCAUCAGUUACUGAUGUGAACUCGAGGUUGGGAAGCCUGUGUCAUCGACUGACUGCAAGUCCUAAAUUCAGCAGUUCUGUUUUUUUUCUUUUUACUCUUCAGUUUACCAAUUGACUUCAUAUCCUUAUUUUUUUUUUGUUCAUUGUGUUUCGCUUUCGCUUCAUGUCAGCUUUUCAAUUACAAUAAAAAACAUUGAGUCCUAUUUUGUUACACAGCUUAGCAAACCGCACCCAUAAUCAUGAUCUCACGGAGCCAUCGCUUGCAGCUCUAGAUUCACCAUGGAUAUUCAACAGCUCUUUACAGUUCUUAAGAAGGAAGCUGAAUGCCCACUGUGUUUGGAGACAGUCAAUAAUCCCAAGACUUUGCCAUGUAUUCACUCUUUCUGUCUUGAGUGUCUUGACAAACACGCAAAUUUUGCAAGAAGACGGCUACAAGCGACAAUCAAAUGUCCGGUUUGCCAGACAUCUUUCCAAAUUCCUGAAGGAGACUCGUUCAAGAAUUUGCCUGCAUCUUAUCAUCUCAACCGACUGGUGGAUGUUCUCGCUCUAAAAUAUGGCGGCGUACAGGCCCAGAAAUGCAGCAGUUGUGAUGAGAACAAUACCGCUUCCUCUUACUGUUUUGUCUGCCAAAUAUUCCUCUGUACUUCCUGCUUUGAAGCUCAUCAGCGCCUGAAGAGCACAAGAGGUCAUCGCAAUGUUGUGAUAGAGAAAUUAAAUGUGCAAGAUGUUCGAGAGCUGAUCCACAGACCUGCCAUGUGUUCACAGCAAUAUCACGAAAAUCAACCGCUGGAAUUUUAUGGCGAAGAGUGCAAAGUUCUUGUUUGUCACAAAUGUAGUGUAGGGGGCCAUAAUCGACACACCAUAACAGACACUCAGAAAGCCGCACAAGUACAAAAGAUGCAAAUGAAGGACGCUUUGGAGAAAGUGAAAGCGGAAACUGUAAUUUACGAGAACGAAAUAAGGAAACAAACCGAGCUGAUUGACAAAACUAAAAAUGAGAUUUUGUCAGCGGAAAAGAAGAUGACAGAUGCCGUGGAGGAACGUAUCCGUGAAUUACGAGAACAUGAAAGGGUCAUGAAAGCCAAAUUUGCUGAAAUUUAUAAGGUGCAACAAAAACAUCACGCGACACAACUAGAAAACUUUGAACUGGUUUUGACUCAACUGCAAAGCUGCAUUGAGCGAGGUGAAAACACACUAGAAAGAAACGUCAGUGCCGAGAUUCUUCAAACAAAUCAGAUCAUUGUUGGACGCUGUGAAGAACUUUUGAAUGUAACAAAACCUGACAUUUAUAAACCACCACACGUACAUUAUAUAAUCGAGAAUCAACUGAAUCCGGGUUUUGAUCGAAUUGUGGUCAGUAAUACAGAUCCUUUCCUAUCUUUAGCGGAAGUGGACAAUCAAGAACUUGUAAGAGAAAAAACGGUGGCAAAUUUCAUCAUUGUAACUAGAGAUUCAGGUGGAAAGCAGUGUUAUCAUGAAGAUGAUCAAGUAAAAGUCAACAUUAUAACUCCAGCAGGUGAUCAACUGGAAACAGAAAUAAAAGACAGCAAAGACGGCAAGUACACAGCAACAUACACACCACAGUGUGUUGGACAACAUAGAGUAGAGAUCCAAGUUAAUGGACAGCCACUGACUGGUAGUCCAUGGGUUGUGCAGGUGAUUCCGCAUCAGUAUCAAUUUGCGUUUCAGUUUGGAUCAGAAGGGAAAGAGCAAGGACAGUUUAAGUGUCCUUGGGAUAUUGCUGUGAAUGAUAAAACAAGGACACUUGCUGUUGCUGAUUUCAACAACGAGAGAGUUCAAAUGUUUGGUUUUGAUGGGAAUUUUCUCAGAGAGAUAGCAUUGGAAGCUGGAACGUCUUCGGUGGCUUUUACCGAGUCUGGUGACCUCCUUAGCAGUGUCGAUAAUGACGACAAUAAAAUCACCUUGUACUUGUACACUGAGGGUGGUCAAUUUAUUCGAUACAUCAGCGACGAACAUGUGAAGACACCAUGGUACAUAUCUGUUGGGAGUGAUGGUCGCAUAAUCACAUGUGACUAUGAUGACAAAACAAUCAAAGUUCUCAGCCCUGAUGGGAAAGACAUUCUUCAGUCAUUCAGUGCUCCUGGUUGUGAUGCGGAGCCAUGGUUUGUUGUUUAUCAGCAGGACAAAUUUUUUGUCUCUUAUCCAGAAGCUAACCGUGUCAUGGUAUUUAACAUCGCAGGGGAGUAUCUAUAUGACAUUGGCACCGAGGGAACUGGUGAUGGGCAGUUCUCGGGUCCCACUGGUCUCGCUAUUGACAAGUUUGACCGUUUGAUCGUUUGCGAUGCGGGGAACAGAAGACUGCAACUGUUCACACUCGACGGAAAAUAUUUUGCCAAGGUA